CAAUCUUCUAGAAAAUAAAUACGAUAAAAUUAAUAAUAAAAUUAUUUCUGGUAAUCUACAGACAACCUAAUUUUCAGUUAAAAACAAUUAACACUUGAAACACACACAAGGUGUUAGGAAGGGUAAGUGACUGCCUGCGUUACCAAGGCGACAAAAAGAAAAUAAUUUUAUUGACUGUUUGAGGCAGAAAAAAUAUUUUACGCACACAAAUUAUUUCUACAAAUUUUUAUAUUUUGUUACAUAUAGUAUACUGUUAAUUGAUUUGAAGUUGAAAAGAAGAUGCCACGUCUCAAGCCGACAACCAAAAUCGAUGUUAUCGGCAAUUUGGAUUUGAGCCCGGAGAAGGCGGUUGGCGAUUACAUCGAAUCCAAGCAGCAAGAUGUAUAUUUCGUCAAACCACCCAAUUGGGAUUCGGCAGGCGAUUCCAUUGAGCUGCUCUAUAUACGCAAUGAACGUGAGCAUGCUGCCAUGUUGCGUCUACAAGAUGAGAUGCUGGAGAAUUCGAAGCGGCAGGCGGCAAGUAACGCCAGUCGCAUACGCAAACUCUAUAAGAUACACGCGCAUUUGCGUAAACGCUUCAUUGAGGUGAAUAAUUUCAUCAAAGACUGUGAGGAUAAGCGACGUGUAGCUGAUAAGAAGAUAGCCGAAGAGACCGCAUUGCAUGCAGAGCUGGCGGAGAAUAUUGAAAAGUUCAAGCGCGCCAUAUCGGAGUUGGCCGAGUUUCGUGAAGUGCUGAAAGCGACUGUAGACGACUUGGAGCCUUAUGAGACGGUCAUACAGGAGGUGGUGGAGAAAUCGGAGAUAUUCGAUUCGGUGAAGGAUUGCAUGGAUCGUUGUGAUGCGUUGAUGUUGGCUCAGGUGGAGAUAUCGCGUUUGGAGCAGGAAAAAUUUAUGGAAAUUGAAGAGAUGCGCAAACGCAUGGUGAAGGUGACAAAUGAGGCCGCGUUAACGGUUUUGGGUUUAAAAAACGAUUUAGCUGAGCUGGAACGUUCGUAUAAUAAGGCGCGUAGCGAGUGCCUGCAUUGGGAGCGUAUUUUAGCAAACGCCAAAGAUUGCGUGGCCACAAAUGAGCUUAAUAAGGAUCGUGCGUUGGAUGGCAUACGCGAUAUUUAUAGAAUGUUGCGACGCAGGCAAGGACGUGAUCCUUUGUUUCAACGUCACGAAGUCGAAAAAGAGUUGGAUUUUAUUAAAGAUGAAAUUGAACUGCUCAAGGAAGUGGUAAAAGAAUGCAAUAAGACGCGUGCUGGCACUAAACGUGGCUAUGUUGAGAAAGUUGAGGACAGAUGUUAAAUUAUAUAUACAUACAUAUAAAUAAAAUAUAAAAACAGGUGACAAAAAAAAUAAUAAUAAUAGAAAAAAAUAUUAAAAAACAAAAAUAAACAAUAAUA